UCAGAUAUCAGUCAUUCAUAGCUUAGAAAUUACCAUCUAUUAUAGAUCUUGAUAUUCACAUUAAAUUACCAUAUUCACAAAUUACCAUAACAUAUAAAGGGAGAUUAUAAACUGGUAUUUAUGUGAAAUUUGCUGAAAUUAUUUCCAGUAUCAAAUUGUUAAGAUACAAUUAUUCAUAAAUGCAGUCAAGUCAUGUUGGUACAUGAAUGGGGUCACCUGAAACAAAAUGCAAGAUGUUUUUCUAAUUAGCAAUUCCACCGAACACUUGUUGUUACAUCAGGAGAUGUUGGAGCGGGGCCGUGCGUGGCCAUCCUCGCUGGUGUCACGUUGAUUUGUGGAGGAUCAACCUGAAGACCCUCCCUCCCUGCACAGCCAGAUAAGAGGCACACGCAACAUUUGGGAUUAGUGUGAGUCUAAAAGCAAGCGAGGAACUCUGAUUUAAUCAAAAUUUGGGUGAAAGGAGGACUUUUUUUUUACCCUUAUUAUAUGAAGGAUUCUCAACAGCAUUGAUCAGAACAUUAGCCAGAGUAACAUUUUGUGCUGGUUCUGGAGUUUGGACAGGUGCUGGAUGAAGAUGAGGAUGUUGUUUUUUUGCACUCUGCUUUUCCUGAUGGGAGGAGAUGUUCUCCUGGCCUGCUCUCUGAAGAACUACACGCUGUUCGUGGAGAGACACGAGUGCGGUCACUGCAUGGCCAUCAACACCACCAUGUGCAGCGGAAUGUGCUUCACGCAGGACACGAAUGUGAGAGGAUUUGUGGGCAAGCGUUUCCUGAUUCAGAGAGGAUGCAUGCAUCGUUCUGUGGUCUAUCUUUCUGCCAGGAUGCCUGGCUGUCCCGUCCACAUUGACCCACUAUUCUUUUACCCGGUGGCACACCGGUGCCGCUGCAUGAAAUGCAACACUGUCAAGAACGAGUGUGUCUACAAGCCAAGUCACAUUCCCAGCAAAUGCUCCGAUCACCUGCAUGCAGUCUGAGAAUAAAGAACGAGGACCUUCCCUCCUCACUAUAAGAUUUUUUUCUGAUAACCUUUAUUUUCUAAUGUUCUGAGUAUUCUGUUAGAAAGUGUUUUUGAAUUCAGGUAUAAA